UUUUUUUUGUUUUGUUUCGUGAAAUUGAAUUUCUGGAGCAAAACCUCUCACUGCAAAGUCAAACGUUGGAACAUUUAAUUAGUGAUUCGACUGAUUAAAAAUAAUUAAAAGGUUUGAAAUUUAUUGCCGUUCUCUUCUGAGAAGUUUCACACUGAGAAAAGCUCAUCAAGCUAUUUUCUCUACAAUGAGCGAAACUAACUCGAACGCCGAACACGUUCCACCAAGUGAAGCAGGACAGCCUCAGCAGAUGAUACAAACUCAACAGACACAAACUCAAGAGACCCAGGUUCGACAGCAAGCAAUUCAGCAGAUUGUGACAUCCCAUCAGCAAAGCAGCUUAAACAACAAUGCUGGGACAUUUCGGUCAAGAAGUGUUGCUGGUGCUGAGCGGAACGCGGUGACGUUCCAAAUAGAUCAAGCAAUGUUCGUUUCCUUCCAACAACAGCAGUCAGCAGCCCCGCCACAGCGUAGCGGCCUCAGCAGCGGCAAUAAUAGAAACGGUAAUACUCGAUUCCAACCGCUACACCAUCCUCUUGAUCAGAGACGCAAUGAGCCACGACCAGGUAACAGUCGUCAACUUCAGCAACAAACACAAAGACAACGUUUGUGGCUGCAACCACAACAGCCGCGACAACAGCGGCAGCCGCAGCAGCAACAGCAGCAGCAACAACAACAGCAACAACAACAACAGCCGAGAGCUGAACCGAGCGGACCAACUUCACCGCCGCCGUUUGGUUACGACAACACAUUUGAAUCUGAGUUGGAUUCAAGAUUCUACUGUCCCAUCUGUCUAGCAGUUCUCAAAGAGGUCAUGCAAACAAAAUGUGGUCACAGAUUCUGCAAAAGUUGCCUUAAGCGGACAGAAAAUAGCCAUAAUAGAUCGUUACGAUGCCCUGUUGACAAGACCUUCCUGAGUAUGAACAACCCAAAAGAUGUAUUUCCUGAUAUUGCCACCGAUAGGGAGGUGAGGUCCCUCAGGGUCCACUGUAGCAAUCAGGCCAUCGGAUGUUCUUGGAAGGGAGAGCUAAACAAUUUUGAUAAACACGUGGAACAAUGUAUGAAAGACUCAAUUGCCUGCGUGUUCAACUGUGGCAUGACUUUUAACAGGACAGAGAUCGAGGCUCACCUACUGAAAUGUACCAAAAAAAAGGAGGCUUGCCCCCACUGUCAAGCCGAAAUGUUCUCUAUCGAGUUGGCCAAACACCAGCUGAUAAACUGUCCCAAGCUACCUGUUCAAUGUGUGCUGUGUGGGGAGACGAACCUAACGAGGGGAAGCUUGCAAGAACACAUGGAGACUGUUUGUCCGUCUGUUCAAGUUCAUUGCUCCCAUUCGUCUCUGGGUUGUAAUUUUAAAGACCAGCGUUCUCGGAUGCCCAUGCACUACACCGCUGAGAUUAACUACCACGGCCAUCUGGCUAGAGAAAAAUUUUCAGAACAUUCCAGAUGGUUGUGUAUACUGAAUGAUCAAUAUGUGGACUGCAGUAACAAAUUAGAUACUUUGGAGGAAAAAUUGCGUAACCUGGAAAGUAUGUGGAAUCAAAAUAAACUUUUGUCCCACGCUUGUUCGAAGUGGAACCCCAUGGAUAACGUCGGUCACGAUGGCAAGCUCUUCUGGAAAGUCUUCAUUCCGCAAAAAGGUCCCAAAGUAAUUACCAGUCCCCACUUCUUCAUUGGAUACAAUCCCGGAUACAGAUUCAUCGUCAAACUCUACUUUCCAAAUUCAAACGAGAACGCGCCCGUGAAGGCAGUCCUACUCUGCAAGCCCUCUCAACUGAACGAAUAUUCGCUCAAAUUUCCAAUCGAUGGUUUUUUAAAGAUUUCUCUCCCAUCCCAGACCGGCAGGUUGGUUGAGUUUUCGACGUCCCUUGAGUCACGGCUGGAGGAGGGCAGUAGCAGCAGAGAAGCCACGAACAAUCUAACCUUCAACAGCGCCGAUCUUUCUGGAGACAGAAGAACCAGCACAGUUUGCAAAAAAAAGACGAGACCACCUCCAGAAUAUCGUAAUGCUGCUAAUUCCGACCACUACUUAUUUGACUCUUCAGAUUCUUCCUCGUCGUCAUUUUUCAACGAUUCCUUUGGCACAAAUAGUCAAAAGAAUAAACCGAAAAAAAUUGACCGCAAGAUGCCUGCAAAAAAUUUUCACGUGAUGAAAUAUUUUGAAAAUUUGUACCCGCAUUAUUUAACAAAUUGUUCUGGUCAAUCUUUUCGGACUCCGCCAACACGAAGGGAAGAUCAACAGCAGCAGCAGCAGCAGCAGCAGCGAGAGUUGGCACCAUCAUCGGGUUAUCAAGCACAACAUCAAAUGGCCAAAAAGAAAGAUAGAGUAUGCGUUCAUUUGCUGACGAGAAAUGAAAUGCACGAGAAAUGUUUUGAAAUGGAGGGCCAAAUAUUCGUUCAUGUUGAAGUUAAAUUGUACUUUUGACUUUCUCAAGUAUUUGCGCGUGCGUGUAUGUGUGUGUGUGCGCUGACAGCAGUGUGUGUAACUGACAGCAAAAAAACGUUGUGUAGUUGUUGAUGCUGAACAAUUAAAUUAAAUUAUUUCUCUUCAAAACUGGUUACGGAUGAUAUAAAAUAGACAAUUUAGGAAUACAAAAAAAAUCAGUCAAAAAAUAGUUUGACGAAUAUGUGAUGAAUUUUAUUUAUACAAGAUGUUUUAUUUUAAUUAUUAUCGUCUUAAACUUUUUUCGUCUUUAUUUAUUUUUUAUAAAACCUUCUUCGUUUUUAAGCAAUGUUUUAACAAAGACAAAGACCCAAAAACUAGUUGACGCGUGUAUAUGCGUUUGUCUGUUAAGUAUUUGAUUUGAUAUUAUAUAAUAACCUCCCAUUGCUUUUUAUGUUUAUACGUUUCUAUGUACUUUCGUCUGUAUGAAUGGUUAACACUUUUA